AUGGAUCCGAAACCUUCACAAGCAAACGUAAAAUCGUCUCGCGUAGCAGCAGCGUCUUAUGUUCGUCAACCACAACAACGUAUGACUCUAAAUUACCUUCUCCUAUGGGUGGAUACCGAUAUCGACCUAACAGACAAGGGCUGCCAGAAUACACUGACUCAGUUGAAGAAUGUGGUCAAUGAUGUCAACUUAUGCACUGAACCGAAUCAAUGCAUCCAAGUACUCAACAAGUUUGACAAGGAACGAGCCUUCGUCAUAGUAUCAGGCUCAUUAGGUCAACAUUUGGUUCCUAAAAUUCAUAGCAUACCAAAGUUAGAUACAAUUUACAUCUUCUGUGGCGACCAAUCCAGACAUGAGGGAUGGGCACAUAACUGGACAAAAAUUAAAGGAGUCCAUGCAAAUAUCAAGGACAUUUGUCAAGCAUUACAACUGAAUAUCAAGCAAUCCAAUCAAAAUUCAAUUGCUAUGAGUUUUGUCACCGUAAAUGAAAUGACUUCAACUAAUGAUUUAAAUCAGUUGGAGCCAACAUUUAUGUAUACUCAGUUAUUCAAAGAAAUUCUACUUAAUAUGGAACACAAUAAGCAGACCAUCGAAGACUUUAUCACUUACUGUAGACAUAAUAACUGUGGAUCUACAACCAUUAUUGAUCGAUUUGAACAAGAAUACCAUCCUCAAUCAGCUAUUCAGUGGUAUACGUUCACUCCAUUCAUCUACUGUAUGCUCAAUGAUAGUCUUCGCUGGAUGGAAAGCAAUACCAUUAUUAAAAUGGGCUUCUUUAUUCGCGAUCUUCAUGAACAAAUUCAGCUCCUAUACCAACAGCAAGCUCCUAAUUAUCAUUAUAAACCAUUCGUAGUUUACCGGGGACAAGGUUUAUCCAAAGCAAGUUUCGAAAAAUUACAAAAAUCGGAAGGUGCUUUAAUAUCUUUCAAUAACUUUUUAUCUACUAGUAUCGAACAAAACAUAUCUCUCGUAUUUGCCCGUAGUGCAUCAGAAAACGCGGACAUGGUUGGCAUUUUAUUUAUAAUGUUCAUUAAUCCUUGUAUAAAAUCAACACCAUUUGCCUCCAUCAAAGACAUGAGUUAUUUUAAGGAAGAAGAAGAAAUUCUCUUCUCAAUGCAUACCGUCUUUCGCGUGAAUGCAGUUAAACAAAUGGACAAUAAGAAUCAACUUUAUCAAGUUGAAUUACAAUUAACGACGGAUGAUGAUCAACAAUUACGAUUACUUACUGAUCGGAUACGAGAAGAAGUUGAUGGUACUGGAUGGCAGAGACUGGGUAACUUAUUGCUUAAAAUUGGUCAAUUUAAUGAAGCUGAAGAACUUUAUAAUGUAUUACUGGAACAGACAUAUGAUGAGAGUCAAAAGCAGCAUUAUUAUAAUCAGCUGGGAUAUGCCAAAGAUGACCAAGGUGAUUAUGAAAAAGCUAUUUGGUAUUACGAACAAGGACUUGAAAUUUGCCAAAAAACUCUUCCUUCAAAUCAUUCUGAUUUGGCUACUUCAUACAACAACAUCGGUUUGGUGUAUGAUAAGAUAGGAGAGUACUCGAAAGCACUUUCAUUUUACGUAAAAGCACUUGACAUUCGAGAAAAAGCUCUUCCUUCAAAUCAUCCUGAUUUCGCGCAGUUAUACAGCAACAUCGGUGGUGUGUAUCACCAUAUGAGAGAGUACUCCAAAGCACUUUCAUAUUUAGAACGUGCUCUAGACAUAUUACAACGUGUAUUACCUCCAACUCAUCUUAACAUAGAAAGUGUGAAAGAGGGAAUUGAAAUUGUAAAAAAGAAAUUAUAA